GUCGACGGAGUAUGGGAUGACCCGUCAAACACUUCUUCUUCGCCUGCAGUAACCCUUCUCUCUCUCUCUCUCUCUCUCUCUCUCUCUCUUGUCUCUCUGUGGAAAUUUAGGAAAUUGGAAAAGAAUCUCCGCCCACAGUCGACGGUCCGAACAAACAAAGUUCAACUUUCCUCUUGAUUUGUUGCUUACUCCGUCUUCGUCCCUUUACUCUCUCUCUCUCUCUCUCUUUCGCGGACCCAGUCGAUACGUUUCGGCCUUCGGAUCGGAUGGUUUGAUGAUCUGAAACGUGGUGGAGCUCACUGGGCCGAAAGGGUGUCGGAGGAGAUCUAAUCCGCAAUGGCUCGGGGCAGAUCGUCGUCGUCCUCCUCGUCCAGCAGAUGGAGGUAUUGCAACCCGGCCUACUACUUGAAGAGACCCAAGAGAUUGGCUCUGCUCUUCAUCGCCUUCGUUUGCGCCACCCUCGUAGUCUGGGAUCGCCAGACCCUCGUCCGGGAGCACGAGGUUGAACUUUCAAAAUUGCAGGAAGAGGUACUGGAGUUGCGAAACGUGCUUGAAGAUUCCAAAGAUGUGCGGAGGAUUCAGCGAAGGACCAAGAGAGAGGCCCUGCCUAUGGAGGAUCCCAUUGACCAGGAACGGAGGGAAAAAGUUAGAGAGGCCAUGAUACAUGCGUGGAGUUCAUAUGAGAAUUAUGCAUGGGGUCAAGAUGAACUCCAGCCUCAGACAAAGAGUGGCGUUAACAGCUUUGGCGGCCUUGGUGCAACUCUUAUAGAUUCGCUUGACACAUUGUACAUUAUGGGACUUGAAGAGGAAUUUCAGAGAGCUAAAGAGUGGGUUGCAAAUUCAUUGGAUUUUAACAAGGACUAUGAUGCUAGUGUUUUCGAGACAACCAUAAGGGUUGUGGGUGGACUUCUUAGUGCAUAUGAUCUCUCCCAGGAUAAGGUCUUUCUUGAAAAGGCUCAAGACAUUGCUGACAGGCUUCUACCUGCAUGGGAUACCCCUACAGGGAUUCCAUAUAACAUCAUUAACUUGGCAGGAGGAAAUCCACGUAACCCUGGGUGGACUGGGGGGAACAGUAUUCUAGCAGAUUCUGGCACAGAGCAACUUGAGUUUAUUGCUCUUUCUCAAAGGACAGGAAAUCCAAAGUAUCAGCAGAAGGCAGAAAAUGCUAUCCUGGCAUUAAACAAAUCCUUUCCUGACAAUGGUUUGCUCCCCAUCUACAUCAACCCUGACACUGGUUCAACAUCAUACUCAGCUAUAACAUUUGGUGCAAUGGGAGACAGCUUCUAUGAGUACCUGCUCAAAGUUUGGAUACAAGGAAAUAAAACUGCAACUGUGAGGCAUUAUAGGGAAAUGUGGGAAAAAUCAAUGAAAGGGCUGCUGAGCCUGGUAAAGAGAACGACGCCAUCAUCUUUUACAUACCUUUGUGAGAAGAGUGGCUAUUCUCUGACUGACAAGAUGGAUGAAUUGGCAUGCUUCGCCCCGGGAAUGAUAGCUCUAGGAUCAUUUGGAUAUGGUCCAGAGGAAUCUAAAAAGUUCCUAUCACUUGCAGAAGAGCUGGCUUGGACAUGCUAUAAUUUCUACCAAUCCACGCCCACGAAAUUAGCCGGGGAAAAUUACUUCUUUCAUGAAGGACAGGACAUGACUGUGGGUACAUCCUGGAACAUACUGAGACCAGAGACGGUGGAAUCGCUUUUCUAUCUCUCUCGUUUGACUGGCAAUAAGACAUACAAAGAAUGGGGCUGGAAUAUAUUUCAAGCGUUUGAGGAGAAUUCUCGUGUGGAGGGAGGAUAUGUUGGACUCAAGGAUUUCGAUAUUCUUGUAAGUCUCGAUAUGUCUACACUUCUAUUUUAUCUAUUGGACAGAAAAAUUGGAUUAUUGAAGAAUGCCACAAGCUCUCUGAAAUAUGUAUCUAUUGGUUUUUAUCAGGUGAAUACUGGUGUAAAAGACAACAUGAUGCAGAGUUUCUUCCUCGCAGAAACCUUAAAAUACCUGUACCUACUCUUCUCCCCACCAUCUGUCAUCCCAUUAGACGAGUGGGUCUUCAACACAGAGGCGCACCCUCUGAGAAUCGUGACCCGAAAGGAAGGAGAAGAUCUCGGGAACAGAGACGCCCAGAAGAAGCCAGUCAUCCUUUUCCGGAACAGGAGGGCAGGCAGAUUACCGAAUCGGGAUAAUUAGGAGUCUUUUGCUCUCAUUUAUUCCUGGUCGGGAGCUAUGGUUCUGGGCCCACGCUCCAUCCUCGGAGGGAUGUUGUAUUAUUCAAGUCGAAAAGUAACCUCAUUUGGAGGCGAGGAUAGGUUAUGUAUAGGAUAUUUCCACAGAGGUCAUUAAUUCAAAUGCAUAGUGCCCUCCCUGAUGAGUGAAAUAGUAAACUACAAUUGUAAUUUUGUGGGAAUAAUCUGCAAUUACCCUUUAGGAUCUGGGGAAGAGGUUCAGUAACUUCCCUUUGAUUUAGAGUUCAGAUCGAGAGAUUUCAGAAAAAAGAACCCUUCCCAUUUUUGUCCUUAAACAAUUAAUGGGUUGCUGUCUUUGUCUGGAUCUGCUUCGGUUUUCGUUUUACGAUGUCCUGUUGAGUCAUAUCGUAUCACCAGCCCCUCGAAACUCUUGUAAUCUGCUUGGCACGUUCUGAAAGAGGGUUGGAGAUAU